CUCUUAGGGCCGCUGUUCACCAUAUUUGUCCAAUAACUGUAGUAUUAAAAGCUGCACGCCCUCUUUAACGUCAACAGUAUAAAGAAAGAAGACGACAAAGAAGCACCUCUCCACCGAUACAGUUUUUUAUGGAAAUAACAUCGUCUUUUUAGCUCAUUUCUCAGUCGUGGAGACUGCAGGUUUGAACGUCGUUUUUUUAUAUCUUGAUUAGGCGUCAGAUCAUCGGGAUAAAGCUUAAGGAUCGUUGCUGAAAAUGACCUCGGACAGAACAAUGAAAAAGCAAAUGAGGCUUUUCGUCUCCCUCCUCUCCUUCGGCUUUGUGCUCGGGCAGGUCAGCUACAGCAUUCCGGAGGAAAUGUCCAAAGGAUCUUUAGUCGGUAACGUAGCUCAAGAUUUGGGUUUACAGAUCAAACGUUUGAAAACAGGAAAAGCGCGCAUCUUUACUCGAGACAAUGAGGAGUACGUGGAGCUGAGCAGAGACAGAGGAGUCCUCCUGGUUAAAGAACGGAUCGACAGAGAGGCGCUCUGCAAACAGACGACGCCCUGUGCUUUACAUUUUCAGAUCAUUUUAGAAAACCCGAUUGAAUUCUACAGCGUUACAGUUCAGAUCACAGAUAUUAAUGAUAACGCACCAGCAUUUGAAAAGCGUGAAAUGAAAUUUAAAAUCAGCGAGUCUGCGGCGGUCGGAGCUACAUUUGUGCUAGAGAGAGCUGUGGAUCAGGAUGUUGGUGUUAAUGACCUUAAAGCGUAUGAAUUAAAGCCAGCAGACAAUUUUGCUUUAAAGAUCCACAGUAACACAGAUGGACAUAAACAUGUAGAGAUGGUUCUACAGAAACCUUUAGACAGAGAGAAACAGAAGCAGAUAAAUCUGGUGUUAACAGCUGUAGAUGGAGGAGAGCCGCAGAUGUCAGGAACCAUGCAGAUUGUUAUUUCAGUUUUAGACGCAAAUGAUAAUGCUCCUGUUUUUACACAGAAAACAUACAAAGCUGCAGUUACUGAAAACUCCCCUAAAGGUGCAGUUGUUGCUACAGUUUCAGCUUCAGAUGCAGAUGAAGGUUCUAACAGCAAAGUAUUAUAUUCUAUAACAAACACUUUAGAUUAUGUCACUAAAAUGUUUAAUGUUAACGAAGAGAGUGGUGAAGUUACAUUAAUCGGAAAUUUAGAUUUUGAAGAAUCUCGAAACUAUCAAAUACAUUUACUUGCUAGUGAUGAAGGAGGACUUACAGAUUCUUGUAAAAUAACUGUCGAUGUGCAGGAUGUAAAUGAUAAUAAUCCUGAAAUUAAAAUAAUGUCAAAGUCCACUGUUAUAUCAGAGGACGCUAAAUUAAACACAGUUGUAACAAUGAUAAACAUAAAAGACAAAGACUCGGGACAAAAYGGAAAUGUAAAAUGUUUCAUAACUGAAAAUAUUCCUUUUACUUUAACAUCAUCAACAAAUAAUUUCUACAGUUUAGUGACAGACAGUGAGUUGGACAGAGAGAGAGCCUCUGAGUAUAAUAUCACAGUGAGCUGCUCUGAUGAAGGAGUGCCCUCCCUCUCCAGCAGCGUCACUCUCACCUUACAUAUCUCUGAUGUGAAUGACARCCCGCCUGUCUUUGACAGCAGCUCAUAUGAGGCCUACAUUGUAGAAAACAACACACCAGGUCUCUCUAUAUUCACAGUGAAAGCCACAGAUGCUGACUGGAACCAGAAUGCUCGUGUUUCUUACAUACUGGAGGACUCCUCUGUUCACGGAGUGCCAGUCUCAUCAUAUGUGUCCGUUAGUGCUGAUAGUGGAGUCAUCCAUGCAGUGCGCUCUCUGGACUACGAGCAGAUUAAAGAUUUUCAGUUUCGAGUCAAAGCUCAGGAUGGAGGCUCUCCUCCACUCAGCAGCAACGUGACUGUGAAAAUCCUGAUCCAGGACCAGAAUGAUAACCCUCCUCAGGUUCUGUACCCGGUCCAGACCAGUGGCUCUGUGGUGGCUGAGAUGGUGCCUCGUUCAGCAGAUGUGGGCUAUCUGGUGACUAAAGUGGUGGCUGUUGAUGUGGACUCUGGACAGAACGCCUGGCUCUCCUAUAAACUGCAGAAAGCCACAGACAGGGCGCUGUUUGAAGUGGGCUUACAGAAUGGAGAAAUCCGAACUAUCCGUCAGGUGACUGAUAAAGAUGCUGUGAAACAAAGACUGACUGUUAUAGUGGAGGACAACGGGCAGCCGUCUCGUUCAGCUACAGUCAUUGUUAACGUGGCGGUGGCGGACAGCUUCCCGGAAGUGCUUGUGGAAUUCACUGACUCUCCACACGACAAGGAGUACAAUGACACGCUGACUUUUUACUUAGUGUUGGCUCUGGCUGUGGUGUCCUUCCUCUUCAUCACCUGUUUAGUGGUUAUUAUCUCAGUCAAAAUCUACAGAUGGAGACA